AUGGCUGAAAUGCAGAACGAGAACCCCACGAUCCUCAAUGCCGCAGAUCUACCCACGCGGCUGAGGCCUACUGCAACCCCCAAGGGGGAGUAUGCCGGUAUCUUCACAUCGGUGCCCCUCCCCGCUGACUUCCUGGAGAGCGCCCCAACUUCAGAUUCGGAGGAUGACAACCUACUGGAGGAGCCGAUUGACGAACAAGAAAUUUAUGAUCUCAUCUCGUCAAUCUCGGAUCCGGAGCACCCCAUCUCCCUCGGUGAACUAGCCGUCGUGUCUCUUCCUGACAUUUCAAUCAAACCAACCCUUCCGGAUGUACCCGGAUCACCUCUUCAGACGGUCACUGUGCUCAUCACCCCCACCAUUACGCACUGUAGCUUGGCAACAGUCAUUGGGCUUGGAGUCCGGGUGCGCCUCGAGCAAUCGCUGCCCUCACGCUUCCGAAUGGACGUGCGCAUCAAGGAAGGGACACACAGCACAGGCGAUGAAGUCAACAAGCAGCUGGCGGAUAAAGAGCGGGUUGCAGCGGCCUUGGAAAAUGGUGCGCUGAUGGGGGUGAUUGCCAAGAUGAUGGAGACGUGCCACUAA